CGAGAGUGCGACAAUUCGCCGGAGACAUGGCCUCACAGCUCAUCGCCAACCUCGAGGCGUGCGCCUCUCGCGACGACCUUGGCGACAUCUGCCAAGCAAUCGAGGAGGCGCCCAGCUUCGAUCAGCUCGCGCUCGCUCAGCUCGCCAUCGCCUCGGGGGAGGCGGAGGUGACCGCGGCGGCGCUUGGCCGCAUCGAGUCGCGGCUCGGCGCUGCGCUGGGCGCGCACGUGGCCGCGCGCUACAGCGAGCUCAUCACCGAGGUGGACGCCGUUCGCUCGCUCGAGGCGCGGCUCGUGCAGUCGCACAGCCGGGUGGAGCGGCUCGCGGCGACGGUGCGGCGCGUCCGCACGACGACGGUGGGUCAGCACGAGCAGCUGAGCGGGCGCGUGUCGCAGCUGGAGCACAUGCAGGAGUGCUCCUCCCUGCUGAGGCGGGUCCAGCGGCUGCUCUACCUCUGCUGGCGGCUGCACGAGGCGGUGGACGCGUCCAAGGCACGGAGGUCGGCGGGCGGCGGUGCGGGGUCGGGGGCGUGGCGCAUCGAGCUGUCGAGCGCGGAGCUGCCCAAGGCGGCGGUGGCGCUGCGCGAGGUGGAGGAGAUCCUGGAGGAGGAGGAGGAGAGACUCGACGGCGUGGAGCUGGUGGCGCCCGAGCUGCAGUUCGCUCGCUCCGUCGGCGCCGCCGUCCGGCGUCAGGCGGACGGGAUGUUGCGGGAGGCGCUCCGGUCGCUCAACCAGCCGUCGCUCACCACCGCGCUGCAGGUCUUCUUCUCCCUCGGCUGCCUGCGCGACAAAGUCGAGGAGGCGGUGGCGGCCGCCGCGGCGUCGCUGGGCACUGACGUGUCCGACGCCCUCACCAACAUCGACGCGAGGGCGGCGCGCGGCGGGCGUGCGGGGUGGGUGGCUGCGCUGUGGGGGCAGGUGGAGGCCGUGGGGGAGCUGCUCCUCGGUGCCGCGACCCGGCUCUGCCUGCUCACUCGCGUGCUCUCCAAGCGGCGGGGCAGCGCGUGGCCCGAGGCAGACCUCAGCCUGAUCGGGCUCGAGCUGAUGCUGGCGGAGCGGCCGGCCGCCGAGGCUGGCUCGCGCGCGUGGGCGGCCUCAGAGGCUGCCAACGGCGCAACCCUGACCGUGCUCAAGGCGCUGCGUGAGGACUUGGUCGCCGAGAUGAGCGGGAUGGCCGAGGCGGCCGCUGCGCCGCUGCGCGUCGCGGUCGGCGGGCUGGCGCCGGUCGUGACGACGCUCGCCAACCCGGCGACGCCCUUGCCAGACGCCUUGCGCGAGGCGGGCGCAAAGGUACUCAAGCAGCUACUCCGUUCGGGCAUGAUCGAGGAGGGUUGA